UAUGUGAACAGCAAGAGAUUGGAGCUGAAUAGAAUGGAGAAGAAGAGCCAAGAAAGAGGGAAAGACACCAAGGCCUUUGAGUCAGAGGAGCAGGAUCAGAUAUACAUUGAUGUGGACAUUGCUUCUGAAGUUGCAGACGAUGUACUGAAAAAAAUAGAUCAACAGAACAAAAGCUUGCUGGAGAAGAAAAUGGAGGCAGUCCAGGGCUAUUUGGCAGAGCACAGAAACCAGAUCCACCUGUUUAUGCACCUGGUUUUAGCAGCAGGCUUCACUGCCAUAGUGAUAGCGGCAAGUGUUCUGAACUUCCAUUGGGCUGUCGGGCUACUGGUCAUCUCCUUGGUAACCGGAUUCUUUCUCGUCUGGGAUUGGAUGAUGGAACGCUAUGGCAACUGGGUGUGGGAGCAGCUCCAUCCUAUCGGAGACCUUCUCAGCAGAAACUGGUUCUGGAUCAGAUGGAUAAUAUAUGUCGUAGUGCUGGUGGCUGUGGUGUGCUGGCUUACACUGGACACGGCCCAGCGGAGGACCAGGCAGCUUGUGUCUUUCUUUGGUUUGCUGGCCUUCAUCUUCUUAAUGCUGCUGUUCUCAAAACACCCAUUCAGGGUAAGUGGUCUUGGCAUUCUUUUCCUCUGUGGGACCGGGCUACAGUUUGUCUUUGGUCUUCUGAUUCUCAGGUCGACAUUUGGCUUAGGUGCACUGGCAUGGCUUGGAAAACAAGCUGAAAAUCUUAUGUCAUUCACAGACGUUGGGUCUAAGUUUGUGUUUGGUGCAAGUUACACAGACCACUUCUUUGUCUUUAAGGUGAUGCCUAUAUUAAGCUCUGUCAUCUCCAUCCUCUACUAUAUUGGCUUCAUGCAUUGCCUUAUUUGAAAGAUUGGACUCAUAAUGCAGGUUACCAUGGGAACAUCUCCAACAAAAUCAAUGGCUGCAUCUGGAAAUAUAUUCCGGGGACAGACAGAAUCAACCCUCCUGAUUCGCCCGUACAUCAGUGGGCUAACUCACUCUGAGAUUCAUGCUGUGAUGACAGGAGGUUUUGCCAGCAUCUCUGGUACCAUUUUAGGAGCCUUUAUCUCCUUUGGGGUUGAGGCAACACACUUGUUGACAGCAUCUCUGAUGUCCGCUCCAGCCCCACUGGCCAUCGCCAAGACAUUCUGGCCUGAAACCGAGACCCCGAAUGUAACGACCAGUGACCAUGACUUCAAAAUGGACAAAAAGCAGAGUAAGAAUGUGCUGGAAGCAGCAUCCCAGGGUGUAUCUUGUGCUGUGGGUCUAGUGGCUAACAUUGUUGUCAACCUCAUUUCUUUCCUGGCUCUGCUGGCCUUUUUCAAUGCCAUCCUCUCCUGGCUGGGUGGGAUGUUGGACUGUCCGCAGCCCAGCCUUCAGGUCCACUCUGAAACCAUCGCAAUCUACGUUUUUUGUGGAUUUUCCAACAUAGCUUCACUAGGGAUGUCGGUGGGAGCGCUAUUUGUUGUUUUUCCAGCGGCCAUGGCUCCUGAUAGACCAGCUGACAUCUCCAGCUGUGGCCUCAGAGCUCUGAUUGCAGGCAGUGUCUCCUGUUUCAUGACAGCCCGUGUUGCAGGUGUAUUGAACAUCCCUGGUCUUCAGUGCCCACAGUUCCUGGGCACAGAGUUCCGCAACACCAACGUGACCAGCAGCUCACAACCGGUCACCUGCGACACACUGCUAUAUAACAGUGUGACGGUGCGUGAGCCAUGGAACGUGACGCUCGGGGAAGGAUUCAGUCAGAGCAGUCUGCGAUGCUGCUGCACACUCACCCCCCCGACACACUUCAACUGCAGCGUUGUGCUUUAAACUACUGUCAACAAAAACACACACCUCCAUUGAAGAAAUGUGUGUCGCUUUUUUAGGCGCAAUGUACAGUUUGGAAUGCAAUUUCUAUAAGUUGUCCUUCACUGCUUGUCUACAAAAAAAACAAUCUUUAAGCCACCUAAAUGUUUUUUUAUAUGUGUGUGUGUGUGUGUGUGUGUAUGUGUGUGUGUGUGUGUGUGUGUGUGUGUGUGUGUGUGUGUGUGUGUGUGUGUGUGUGUGUGUGUGUGUACAAAAAACAGAAAGCCCCAUUAUCAGACACAUCAUCAAAUGAAUAAAUAACUCACAAAUGUAUAAAUCUUACAUAGCAUUAAAUUAAUGGUACAAAAAAAGAAAAAAACAUUUAAACAAGUGAAGAAUAAAAAACUAAUAUGA